AACAACACUGAACAUACACUUUACACAUGUGGUUGACAGCAACGUUCUUUUUUGUUUGUGAAUAUUUUUCAAUUCUUUUAAAGCAUCGUAAAUAUAUAGUUAAAUAUAAUUUUAUUUAAAUAUUGCAUGAAGUUGUAUAAUUAUUAUAAAAGAUGGCUAUGCUAGCUGAACCUCGACAGCGAAAGCGGUAUAAUUUAACACCGCGAGGCAAGGCGUUAUACGAAGAUGAGACGCGUUUUGGUACGAAAAUGUUGGAGAAAAUGGGCUGGUCCAAGGGAAAAGGUCUUGGUGCUAAUGAGAACGGUUGUCAGGAUUUUGUGCGUGUGCGUAUGCGAAACACCAAUGAAGGUCUGGGAUUUGAAGAUCGUGAUGACCAUUGGACGCAACAUGAACAAGAUUUUAAUGGACUGCUGAAGGCAUUAAAUGGCGAUGAUGAGGACAAUGAGAAAGCUACUGAAGAUAAGGAAAGUGCUUCUGACGAGGACACUCCAAGAGUGGGGUUUGGAUUUGCACCUGAAUCGAGAGUAGAAAAGUUAAAGGAUAAAAUUAGUGGUAUAUCGUUGGAACAGAAGUCAAAGCUAAGUAAAGCACGAGUACAUUACAAGAAGUUCACGAAAGGAAAAGAUAUAGCACAAUAUAGUGAAAAAGAUCUUGCAAAUAUUUUUGGCAAAAAAGUUGUUGAAACGGAACAAGCUGAUAGUGUUUAUACAAAGCUCACAGCUGUAAUGACGAAAGAAGAUGAUGAAAAUUUGAAAACCACAGAUACUGAAGAAAAAGAAAUGAAAGCAAAUUUUGCUGGCGUACAAACAAUUAGCACGGGUCUAUCGGUGAGUGAUUACUUUAAACAAAAAAUGGAUGCGUUGAAAAAUAAACAGAAGCAGGACAACAAUACUAAUAGCAAUGAGCAACCCAAAGCUAGAAUAAUUGAAGUACAAGAUUAUAAACCUACAGUAAACAAUAAGAAAUCUAAAAAGAGGAAACUUGAAAGAGAAUCAGUUGAGGCUGUAAGCCCAUCCACAGAACCAAAUUCUCUUAAAGAAGUUGAAGAGAGUGCAGUUUUAGAAGUUGUGGUGAAAACAGAAAAUUAUAAAAAGAAAAAUAGAAAUAGAAAUACUGAAGAUAUCAUUGUAGAGAAUGGAAAACCUUUCAACGGGAUCAAAAUGGAAGCAAUUGAUAACCUGCCAAUAUCUAAAAAGGAUACACAAAAGAAGAUAGACAGGGCUAUAAUAGAUACUGUAGAUUUGACGGAUGAAGCAGACAUCGAGAAUGUUCAUGUUCCAAAAAAGAAAAAAAAGAAGAAGUCCAAAAAAAAUGAAAUAGAGCAACACACAAACCAAAACGAAAUUAUAGCUGAAAAUAAGGAAGUAGAAAUUUUCGAAUCGGAGCCGGCUAAGAAGAAAAAGAAAUCAAAGAAAAGUAAAAGUGAGCGAUCACAAGAAGACGACGAUGUGAUAAUUGUAGGCUAUGAAGCUCCAACACCAUCAGAGAUACCUGAACACACCUCACAGUCGGAAAACUCUGCAGAAGUAGAAACAGGCGGUCAUAUUAAGGUAAAGAAAAAUAAAAAGUCAAAAAAGCGAGAAAACCGGGUAGAAAAUACGAAGCAACCCAGUACAGCUGAAACUCCAGACAUCCUAAACAGCAAAAUCGACGCUGAGCGAACGACCGAAAAGCCGAAUAAAUCUAAAAAAGAUGUAAGUGAAGAUAACCAAGCGUUGACACUUGAUGAAUUAAUAGCCAAAUGUAAUUCUUACAAUAUCUACAAAAUUUCCUCAUUUGUAGCAGAAAAAUUUCGCAAUGUUGAUUUAGAGAAGUUCAAAGGAUCAUCAAUAACACAUAUAACAGGCUAUACGCAUACAGCAGAUUUACACCUGAACGUGGUGAAUGAACCCCAUGAUGAAGAGCGUAUCACAAGAUUAUGGAAUUGCAGCGAAGAUAAAUACGUGCAAAUCAACCCCAAAGCUAUUUUUGGCAAAUACAAACAAAAUAUUUUAAACGCCUAUAAAACCAAGCAGCAAACAAAGAAACCGUUGCCUUUAUUCAAUAUCAAGUCGCUUAAAAGAAAAAGUGUUUUCCAGCCAAUAUGAAAUAAUCACAAUAAAAUCUAUUUACUAUAUUUAUAGGUAAA